AAUCACAAGAAGAAUCUAAAUCUUUUACAGUGCAAGUCAAUCGGCGAACAGCUCACAUGUCUUCCUCCGGCCAACCCUAUUUCUGCUACCAGUGUAAUCGAACCGUCAGGAUCUCUCCUUCCCCUUCUCCUUCUUCCGAUCUGCUUUGUCCCACCUGCAAUGGUGGAUUUCUUGAAGAACUCGAAAACCCUAACCCUAAUCAACAAACUCUCAACCUCAACCCUUUCGAUUUUCCCUUCACUUUCCUGUCCUCCCCCAACUCUCCCCAUCCUUCUGAUGAUCUCUCUACUUUCUUUGAGAUGGUUCCCCCCCCUCCCACCCCCCCCUCCGCCACUGCUCGUCCCAAUGACACCGAAGUCUUUAAUCCGUUUCUCUUUUUCCAGAAUUAUUCCCAAACCCUACGAGCCAACGGCGCCAACAUCCAGUUCGAGAUUGACAACAAUUCCCCUGGGGAAUCCGGACCGUCCGGUGCCUUUCGUCUUACUGGCAGCCUCAACCUUGGGGAUUACUUCCUUGGUCCUGGUCUUGAGCAGUUGAUUCAACAGCUCGCUGAGAAUGAUCCCAAUCCCCAUGGUACGCCCCCAGCUUCCAAGUCUGCGAUAGAGGCUCUUCCUACCAUCAAAAUUUCUCAAGAAAUGCUGGAUUCUGACUCCUCUCAGUGCGCGGUUUGCAAGGAUAGUUUUGAGCUUACCGAGGAGGCAAAGCAGAUGCCUUGUAAGCACAUCUACCAUUCUCAGUGCAUUCUCCCUUGGCUGGAAUUGCACAAUUCUUGCCCGGUUUGUCGCUAUGAAUUGCCUACUGAUGAUGCUGAUUAUGAGCACCGCACUCGUGCCAAUCGAACUCCUACUCAAAAUGGUACGGGCUCUACUGAUUCUGUCAACGCUGCUGCGGAUGGAAAUUCCGGUAACAGAGACAACCCUGAAACGCCCAGGUCGGUGGAGAGGAGUUUUAGGAUUUCUUUACCGUGGCCAUUCAGGUUGUCAUUCAGUUCUGGUGCAGAAACUAGCAACAGUGGCACUGGCAGCGAUGCGGACACAAACACUGGAAGUCGAGGUUCAGAGACCAGACAUGAAGAUCUUGAUUGA